GAAACCGAAACCCUAUUUUGAUAUGAAUUUUGAAAAUUGCGUAAUUUGAAAUGUUGUUGAAUAUGGCCAGGAAAACCCAAAAGAAAUGCUGUUUAAAUCUAAUUUAGACUGGAAGAGUAUUUCUGGUCACACACUUCCAAGAUAAGUAGGCAUUCUAAAUAUCAUAACUUGUUUGCAGUUUCACCGGAAUUGAGUCAUUUACGAUCCACCCAAAUUACCCAAAGCUUAAUUAUUCAGGUCUCUCUGAACAAAGACUUUAAUAAUUUGUCUACUAAAUAUUCAUAAUUUAAUCAAAAUACCGUUGUCAUGACAACGACAUCCACAGAGGUUUUUUUUCGAAAGCGUACAACUAACCAUGUGUUGAAUGCAGGGCAACAGUCAUUGCAUUGGUAGAAGGCAGAGGAACAAGUCCAUUCCUGGCUAUCUCCAAGUGGAUUCAAUUAUAACCUCGUUCUGUUGGUAAUUAAUAUAAGCACUUCUUGUGGAUAAAACUGAAAGUGGACAGAAGUGGACAAUUAAAUGAUCGCAAGGUCUAAGUUAUAUCGGUGAAUGAAAUCCCGAGAUCAGUUCACAAUAAACACCGGAGAUCAGCCAAGUGCGCCAACGUCAACAUUUUUCAAACUUUUUGGUUACCGAGGAAACUCGCCAUGAAUUCAACGACAGUGUUUCCUGCGGAAAGGCAUUGGGACGGACCUGAAUCGCUGACUAUUUUUGCUAACGUGUUGAUGAUACUCGUCAUCAUUCUGAUUGUUCUUCUGAACUCCUUCGCUCUGUUUGUUCUUCGUCGCUUCAGCACCCUUCCUGACUCCACCAAACUCUAUAUGACAUCCCUCACUAUGGCCGAUCUAUGCAUUGGACUUUUCUGCGCUCUUCCGAAUGAGAUUGAAAUUGCAAACAAGCGGUGGGUGUUGGGAGAUUUUCUCUGCACAUUGUGGGGAAUAAUUUACCCAGGCUGUCUACAAAUCAGUUUCCUAUCGCUUCUUCUGUUGACAGUGGAUCGGUUUAUAGCCAUCGUGCAUUCACUACGUUAUCAUGACAUCAUGACGCCACGAAGAUCCAAGAUCACUGUAGCCCUGGUAUGGGCAUUUUCACUGCUAGAAUCCGCUAUUCUCUUUGGGUUUGUGACACCAGCUACGGUGACAGAGGAGACUUACUUCAUUUGUAACUAUGUUUUCCGUGAUGUGUAUCAGUACACAGCAAUCAUUUCUCUGGCAAUCCCACUCAUUAUAAUUCUUGUAAUUUAUCUGUACAUUCUUCACGUAGCGAGACGUCAGGCAAGACGCAUUUCAGCCCAACAACACAUCAGCUGUUCGAUGGAGGAGCAGAAUACACCACAGAGAAUGAGUACUAAAUCAGCAACCACUGUGUUCAUUAUCACAGGAUCUGUGGUCCUCUGUUGGACUCCAUCAAUCAUCCUGCUUGUGUUAUACACUCAACAAGUCAUCCUCCAAGAAGCUUAUAACGUUAUUUCGAAGGCCGUUUUGUUUAGUAACAGCUGGUUGAAUGUGGUCAUCUAUUACUGGAGGAAAAAAGAACUUCGACAAACAAUUCACCAAUGGGCAGCGUCGUUGUGUCGCUCACAGAACAAUCAUUGACGCGCGAUCAAAACGUAUUACUAGUGUGCAAAAAGUAAACAACUCUGUUGCACAGAUCAUCACGGCUACCAAGAAAAA